UCCCUCUCGUAUGGGUAGAGGAGGCUGUGUCUGCUUUGCUGUGAUAGGAGUUGCAGACCGAUGGAGUGUAGCGGAGUAGGCGACAGUGUACUACGUGCCAUAAAUCAAGUCUGAAUCGUCUCAACAGAGUCUGAGAAAAAAGGCAUUUUGGUGUCGGCUGUAGAGACUGUUUACCUCUUAUUAUCUUGGGAACAACAGGAUUCCGAUCAGGGAGCUGCGUAAGUUUUACAUCCUUGGUGCUGUGCUUUUGAUGGCGUUCUUGCAGAAGACUGGAGACUACUGCCACGCGCAACAUCCCAGAGCAUAGACUGAUCCAGGGGAGGAUGCCCACUGCUUUGCCUUCUCAGCCUACUACCCUGCACUGAAGGGCUCCCUGCCUCCCAGGACUCUCCACCCCCUUAGAUCUCUCACCGUAAGACCCUCUCUCAGGAACUCUAAUGGGGUGAUUGGCCUAACUAUUCCACUACCUUUCAGUGAAAGCCCCAAGCCCAUGGCUACGCUCUUCCUCAUCUAAACCAACCACAGUGACCCCAGAGGAUCGACCAACCCGAGGGCGGAUCUUUUCAAAGGAGGGAAAGGGCUGAGAAGAGGAUUGAAGAGGAGUUUUCGGAGGAGUUCAGCUCACCAGUUACCGUGGCGUCCGUGGUCCACCAGUUUGUGUCCCCUGUGCGUCCCUGUACGUGUUGCAUUCGCACCCCCAGCUGGGUAACGGUUGUCAACAUGGCCCGUGUGAACCGUCCGGCGCCUGCCGAGGUGUGCUACAAGAACAUGCGGCUACUCAUCACGCACAACCCCACCAACUCCACCCUGAACAGCUUCAUCGAGGACCUUAAGAAGUACGGAGCCACGACGGUGGUGAGAGUGUGUGAGGUCACCUAUGACAAGGCUCCGUUGGAGAAGGACGGCAUCACCGUGGUGGACUGGCAGUUUGACGACGGCGCGCCCCCUCCCUCUAAGGUGGUGGAGGACUGGCUGAGUCUGCUAAGGUCCCGUUUCCUAGAGGAUCCAGGCUGCUGCGUAGCUGUGCACUGUGUGGCUGGACUGGGCAGAGCCCCGGUGCUGGUGGCGUUGGCACUGAUCGAGAGUGGUAUGAAAUAUGAGGACGCCAUCCAGUUUAUCAGACAGAAGCGCCGAGGGGCGAUCAACAGCAAGCAGCUGACCUACCUGGAGAAGUACCGACCCAAACAGAGACUGCGCUACAAAGACCCACACAUCUUCAAGAACAAGUGCUGCAUCAUGUGACCCCCCCGCUCAGCCAAUUAUCUGCCUGCCACCGACUGAUCUGACCCGAAUGGAUACCGACGACGACGGACGAGUCCACAGCCAAUGCACUUUGUGACUGAACUUUUGAGAACUAUUGGAUUUCUAAAUCAUGAACUGAGCUGCUCCACCAAAGGAAGGGUGUGAUGUCUCCCUGGUGCCUAAUGACAGCACUUACUGAGGGGAUCGAUGGAUCCAGCCAAGACCUUCUUGAAUCUGACUUUUUAUCCAAGAGCCAGGCGAAGGUAGCUUGGAAUGGAUGGUGGCAAUAGGACGUUGACUCUCGCCACACUGAACUCCAUCAUAACCAUUGGGUGGUGCCUCGCCGCAAAUGACUUGACUUUGUAAUUGUACCUCCAACACCCCUUGCUACCAAACGGUAGUAGCGCCUCAUCAUGGUCUGAAAGACAGCCAGCUUUAGCUGUAUGAAUAUAAAACCAAUGUGAAUCACGGGAAUUAUUUUUUUUGUGCCUGGUUGCCCUUUUUUUGCCCUGCCUAGAGUAGGUACUGGGCUGCUCUGUUUACUCCUUGUUCCAAUGACCUGAUGAUUACUGUAAUAUAUUUUUGUCAUGUUGCCCCUUUCUAGCUUGAAUAUUCAGUGGGCUUGCAGAUGAGAACAGAGGGGUUGGGAUGGUUAUAGGAAAAGGGUAGGGUGCACUUGGAUGAUGACCAACAGGUUUAUUUGUACUGUACCUCCAUUUUGUAACUGAUGUUAGGCUAGGUAGGACGGUUAUGCACUUACACUGGCACACGGGUGUAUGGGAGGAAGCGGAGUUAAAUUUCCCCUAGACUCUGAUCUUGGGUCAGUUUUGCAGUUUCCCCACUAAUGUUAAGGUUAGGAUUUGGGGAGGGGAAGCUGAUCCUAGAUCUGUACCUAAGGGACAAAAAGCUACAAAGUGCUCUACGGUCAUAUCCUGUACUGAAUACGUGUCCCUCUCUCUACCAUACUCUUUGUUACACGGCAGCUGUGCAUUGAGUCUACUGGCAGGGAGUUAAAUGCUGUUGCUGAAUUCAAGGGUCACAAAACACUUUGGUUUACCCCACCCACCCCCAUUGGCAUAGUUGGUUAGGCCAAGCAGAAUGAAUGCACGUUCAGUGUUUGUUUUCUAGCCCAGUUUCUCUAUCAGGUCAACUCUUGUACAGGUGUAGUCAGUUUACACCUCACCAGACACACAGCCUUGUCUCUGUUCGCCGCAUUGAAGUCGCCUUCCGUCUGCCUUUUGAAGAAACCACCUUCAGCUGUAUAGAAAUAAAGUGUUUGUCAUGGAACUGCUCAUUCCUGGUGCGAUGAGCUGAGUGGGAGUAGUGUGAGACAUUGGAUUAUGUAAGAGGAGCGUGAAAAUAUGACACAGCAGUAGCAGUCAUCCACUUUGUUUUGAUUGACUCACUACUUUAAUUACUCCCCACGAAAUGCUUCCACCUGCUGGACGUAAUGAGUAGCUACAGGGUGUGGACUUAACUUCGAUGGACUCUAUCCAAAAUAUGGUAUAAUUAGCUGUAUUAAUAAACAAUUUUGUUAUCAGAGUA